CAAAGUACGUGUACUUACCUCGCUAUGAAAUUAUGAGUCAAAGUGAAAGGAAAAAUGCUGAUUAGUCUUGCCACGGGUCUGGGAGUUUGCGCGCGAAUACCUGCAGGAAACCCAACGUUAUCAUGACGUCACAAUAUAUUUGAAACUCCGUUACCAGAAAAUUUACAAAAAAAUUAUAGGCUGACGUGAAAUAAAAGGACGAACCAAUGAUCAAAUAUGAAGGAUGAAUGUUAUAAACUUCGGCGUGAGAAAAGCAGCAUGGCAAGAUGAUCACCAACGUUCAGUCCAUAAUUUGGCGAGGAUCAAAGGAUCUGCAGGUGAAUUUUCUGAAAAUGUAAAUUUUGAAAAUUCUCGUAGAGAUGAAAAAAGGACCAGGACGAAAGAAUUGUAUGCAAAACUUAGAAAAUUCGUCUUUACCAAAAAAUACAGAGAUGUGAACUGGAAUCGAAUCGUAAUCAAUGUUGGUGGGACUAAAUUUUCCGUGUGUAAUGGAACGAUUAGGACUGUGUCUGGAACGAAACUCGCUAAUCUUAAUUUUAAAAGUGAAGAAUAUGAUCACAAGAACAAUGAAUAUUUCUUCGACAGAAAUCCAGAAUUAUUUCCAUGUAUAUUGGACUUUUACCGGAAUGGAGAAAUGCAUAUUCCUAGAUUUAUAUGUGCAAAGAAAUUGUCGACUGAAUUGAAAUUUUGGGGUUUAAAUGGGUCAUGUUUGUCACACUGCUGCAGAAAGUAUUACUAUGAUUCUCUUGAUGAGAUAUUUGAUUAUGAGGACUUGCAGGAGAUGUUCGAAAGGGUUCCUGAGAAGCUUCACUCUACUGACAGCGAGAGUAAUUUUGGUGAGGAUGAUAUACGUUACAAAAUAUGGUCAUUUUUGAAUAACCCGUCGUCAUCAACAUCUGCGAAGAUUUGGUCUAUUGUGUACAUGACGCUGGUUAUUUUGUCCAUCAUCUGUAUGUUCACCAGUACCCUGUCUGAAUGCAGAGUACAACCAAGAAACACAUUUUUCCAAAGAUACGUACCCAAACAUGUGGCAGAGAACAGCCAUUUUGUCGUCAUUCCACCACGUUUUACGAACUUCUCGGAGCCGUGUGUGGACCAUUGCGAUACCUUACCUACGUACAACAGCAGGGUGUUGUCCUAUUUGAUCACUCAACCUCAUCCUGCUUUGAUAGGGUUUGACAUAUUUUGUUUGAUGUUUUUUACAGUUGAAAUCAUUAUUCGAUUUGUUUUCUGCAGACAGCGGUGGCGCAUGCUCAAAUUGUUUAACACGCUGUGCGACAUCCUGUACCUCAUUCCCGCCUGGGUCAUGUUUGGGAUAGACCUUUACGAUAGGACAUACUGGCAUCGUGUGGAUAGAAUCCGAGCGUUCCUGCUGCUUCAGACUAUGAUGUCUCUCCGAGUUCUUCGAUUAUUUCGUUUUACAAGGCACUAUCAUGGCCUGAAAACGUUGUGGCUUGCAGUGAGAGCGAGCAAACGGGAAUUACUCUUACUUUUCGUUUUCAUGAUAAUGGCGACCGCAUUUUUUGCAACAGUUAUCUUUUGUACCGAAUUUUUUGAGGCAUCGAGUUAUUACAAUAAUAUUUAUAUAGGAAUGUGGUGGUCUUUGAUCACCAUGACAACGGUAGGAUAUGGGGAUUAUUACCCUAACUCUCCUGUGGGAUACUUACUUGCAUGUUUGUGUGCUUUGACUGGAAUCAUUUUAAUGGGAAUGCCUGUUCCACUGAUAGCAAGAAAUUUUCAUUCUUUUUAUGGUUUGCAAUUCUAUCAUACACGUGAAUAUCAGAUUCACCAUGUGAAAUAUGACAAGGAUAAAGACACUGCAAAGCUCGGUAUGAACAGAACACCGGGAGGCACUAUAAUGGGAGCGAGAAUCCUGCAGAAGAAUGGGGGAGGGAGGACAGCACCAAUCCAAAGUCAAAAUGGUGCUGAAUUAAUCAUGCCUAUCGUGAAUGCUGGAGAGGUAAAAAUGGUCAAAUCAGUAAAACCGUACAACGAAUUCUUGCUCAACAAAGUCUAUCCCACAAAGGAGGACUUGGAAAAACAGAGAAAAAGGCGAAUGAGUCUGUAGAGGUCGAAAUAGCCUCAUCAAAAUGGGUGAAUGCAGAAUGAAAGAAACAGAUCUAUAAAAGUUCAUCAUUUGCAGACAGUGACAGAUGGCGUUUUAGAAAGCAUAAAUGGGGGAAGAUUAACUGCCACAUUUUUCUUGUUCAGACCAAUGCUACCAUUAGCCCAGGUGCUAAGCUGAACCUUACGGCAGAAUUGGCUAUUACUGUAUUAUAAUGAUAAUUCUUAAUGAAGCACGAUUUUUGUAAGUUAUAAAAAUUAUUUUUUUUAAAAAUCUC